UGUACGCGUAUUGGCCGAACCUUUAUAACGAAUGCUGUUGGCGUGUGUUCCUCUCAGUCACAUUCUGUUUUCCAUAUUUUGCUGCAAUCGACACGCAAACGAAGCCAUUGUUUUCUUUAUCUUCGAAGGCUUCAGGCGGACGGAAGAAGGUUGUCGUAGAAGCCAUGGUUCUUGACUCCAUUCUGUCUUCUCCUGCUAUGAAGUCUCCAUCUUUCAGGAGGCAGUUUACGAAGGAUGAACUGGGAAGUUGGUCAACACUCGUCCAGAGGCAUCGCUUCCUCUUAUCUGCUCUUGUUCUCCUAGCUAUCCUCUGUACUGUUUAUCUUUACUUUGCUGUCACUCUGGGGGCCAGUGGCUCCUGUUCUGGGUUGACUGGAGCGCAGAAAGCUUCAUGCCAUAUGGAACAUGUUAAGGAUUCUAUGGCCAAGGGUAAACUGAAAAUUCUUUGAUAUUUCAAAUAUAAUUAUGAAGAAUUCUUUUUCUUCUUUUAUUUCCUCCAGAGUAUAGGUGAAAUGAAAUCGAAAUAUAGUUUUCGGCUAUAGUGUGAUAUGUAUACAUACUGUUUAUCUCAGUAUUUGUGAGCUAAAGUGUACAAUACUCGUAGAAAGCAAUUUCUUAGAUACAUUAUUAUGUUAAUAUUGGUGAUUAUGUACUUGUAGCGGAUAUUUAAGUUUUUUAGCAUCGUAGUAACUAAAUGAAGU